AUGCUGUCAUAUAAUGUGUUAAUAUCAGAUCGAGCUAAAUAUUUCUACUCCUUUAUUUAUGGAAACAGUCAACGAUGCACUAACAAACGAUUAAUAAAUACUUUGAAGUAUGAAUCAGACUUUAAAAAACAUAGGUUUUGUUUUACUUUAUCAAAUUUCUUUUUAUGGAUACUCUUCAAGCGUCUUUUCGAGUAUCCCGGGCUUUGGUGUGGUAGUUUAGUGCCUUAUCUAGAGUCAGCGUUCAUAUAA